UGAAACACACCCCCUUACCUUAAUACAGUUUUAAACAAUUAGCAUUAUUAGCUAGUACUGGCCUCUGUCGUCAGUAUUAGAGGUGAAUAGCUAAAAAGCGAGGAUGUUGGUCCCCGCGGGAAGAUAAUGAAGAAGCUGCGCGUAUUGUUGCUGUGCGCCGUUUUAGCUCUCCUGUGCUGGCACUCUUGUCAUCAUGUUUAUUGUUCAGAAGAGAUCUCCUCUGGCCCAGGACUCCCUAAUGUUUGGGAAUCUUACGUUUGUCUGUGUGUGUCAGGGGCUGACGACAAGGUUGAAGAGGAAAGGGCGACACACACUCAGUCAUCGUACGACGUGGGUCUGGAGACAGAGAGAGCUGCACUAAAGGAAACAUCAUUGCACUCACUGCAUGAAGAGGAGCACAAACAGUCUGUGAAUUUGGAAGAAGUGUUGGAGGAGCCGCAGAUUCAGCUUGAGUCUGCUCUCCCUGAACUAGAACAACAACAACAGCAGCAGCAGCAGGAGCAGCAACCAGAACCCCAGAGCACCCAACAAUCAGACCAACAACAAUCAGCCCAACCACCAACAAUUAGAAACCCGAAGCGCGGAGCAGUCAGUCUACAGCCCACUGCCACCGAGGACCAGGCUGCCCAUGCCUCCGCUGCUUUAACCCCUCCACAGACUGUCCCACCCGGAGAAGACCCGUCUGCACCUCCUGCUGAACUCCAGAAGAGCCCAGAGUCAGCCUCACCUACCUCAGUCACCUCCUCCGAGAGCUCCUCCAGUGGACUAGACGUUCCGCGUCCUGAUGCCCCUGUAAAGAACUCUAGUGCCAGUCAGUGUGAGGUGGGCUCUGUGCCCCCCUUCAGCCAGUCCCUUGGCAUCACGCUCCCAAGGUGAGUACUGAGCAACAGGUAAACGGCAGAGAACCAGUCUGCCACAUUGGAAGUACAGAGUACAGAGACCAGCGUUGACCCAACUGCCACUCUGCUGCCCAGUGAGCUGGACCUCACAGAGCUGGGGCAAACAGCCAGUAUCUCUUCGCCUACAAAAAGCCAGCAGGUGGUGGACCAUGAGGGAGCAGCAGACCCUCCUGUCAGUAAAGAGGACAUCCCUACUUUUGAUGAGUGGAAGAAGAAAGUGAUGGAAGUAGAGGAGAAGAAAAGUCAGUCUAUGCACACUUCAUCAAAUGGCAGCCCUCAUCCAGUCAAAAAGGUCCAAAAGAAUUUCAAGAAUAACUACGCUUCUGUCGAAUGUGGGGCCAAAAUCCUCUCGGCCAACAAUGAAGCCAAGGGCAUGUUUGUGGUGAUGAUGGAUAUGUUGGUUCUGUACAUGUUGAGCACCUGGAUUUGGUUUGUUAUUGAGCUCUGUGAGCCAAUCCAGGUGAAGCAGCUGGAUAUUGCGAACUUUGAGUUGUUCUCCUCUACACCAAAAGAUUUCCUUGUGUCUAUAAGUGACAGGUAUCCGACCAAUAAGUGGAUCAAGCUGGGCACCUUUCACGCCCGUGAUGAACGCACAGUACAGAGCUUCCCUCUGGAUGAGCAACUCUAUGCCAAAUAUGUAAAGAUGUUCAUCAAAUACAUAAAGGUUGAGCUACUCUCCCACUUUGGCUCUGAACACUUCUGUCCACUCAGCCUGAUCAGGGUGUUUGGCACCAGUAUGGUGGAGGAGUAUGAUGAGAUAGCUGACUCUCAGUACACAUCAGAGAGAGCCGAGUAUCUGGAAGAAGACUUUGAUUACCCACCUGGCUACCUGCCGUCAGAGGACAAGACAUCGAAGAAUCUGCUGGGCUCUGCUACAAACGCCAUCCUGAACAUGGUAAACAACAUCGCAGCAAAUGUGCUAGGAGGCAAACCGGAGCUAGAGGACGGAGCUGAAAUGGAAGGAAAUGUUUCCACUGGGACAGAAAACGUCACACAGGCGUCGACAGAAACCUCACUCACGCCAGAACCCACCCCUACUGAACAGCCCUCUACGCUGGAUGUUCUUGAGCUGGAUCCCACUCUAGUGAAGGAGGACUUAGAGGUUCCUGAGGCUCCUUCAGAGCCUCCACCUGAGGAGAGCCGUAUUGUCAUCCUCAUCGAGGAGGAAGAAGAGGCCACCCAGCCGACGGUGACCCUGCUGGAGGAGGAGCAAGAGGAGGAGAAAAGUACAGAGGAGAUGUGGGAGCAGGAGAGCGCCACAUACUGCGGCCACCUCUCCACUUUGUCCUGUUUGGCAUCUCUGCACGAACGCUUCUACUGCUACUGUUCGGCAGCGUUAGCACAAGAGCGCCAGCGUAGAGACCGGCGCCACAAAGCACAGGACACACACACCGACACAGACACUCAAACCACCCCUCAGCAGUCCCUCCCUGACACCACCCCAACACAAGAGCCCCCUGUGCCCUCUGAGAAACUUCCAGAAACGGAGCAGCCCUCUCAGGCUCAAGCUGAGAUGAUUUCCCCUACUGAAACGGUGGCUUCUCUGCCUCAGUCCUCCAGUGGGGAGUCUGCGGUGAGCGAGCAGGAGCUCCCACCUGAGACUAUCCUGUUAGAGCCCAGUCGUACCUCCACCCUUCCCCCACACAGCUUCUCAGACACCCCCACCCAAAACAUCCCAGAGUCCCUGCCCACGGGAGAGCCCAUGGACCAGCGUCCGCAGUACCUGGUGGACAUCCCAGAAACCCUUACUCCGAGCAGCACCAGCAGCCUCCUCUCUCCCAGUGCUGCCUCCUCUGCGCUCUCCUCCACCACCACCACUGAACCCCACAGCCCAGAGACAGACCCUCCCAAACUGGAGCUCCCCGUCGCCACCAAAGAGCAGACGGUUCAGCCGUUGCCCACCCACACUCGCCCCGCUGAUAUCCCACCUCCUACUGAACUUCCCAUCCCGCUUCCAGAGGCCUCGGAUAUUGGCAAGACUACAGGGGUUGAAGAUCCUCACCACAGCGCUGUGGCCUCCCAGCCAGAGCUUUCUGAAGCUCCUCUGUCUCAACAAGAAGAGACUGUAGAUGACAUUCUGCUCCCACACCGCACCGCCGGAGAGUUUUACGCAGAGCAGCAGCAUUCGGUGGAAAUGGGCCACGGGAAUGGAAACGGCAACGGGAAUCAGGUGCACGGAUCCAACCAGAAGGAAUCUGUGUUCAUGAGAUUGAAUAACAGGAUUAAAGCACUAGAAAUGAACAUGUCACUCAGCAGCAGAUACCUAGAGGAGCUCAGCCAGAGGUAUCGUAAACAGAUGGAGGAGAUGCAACGGGCUUUCAACAAGACCAUCAUCAAACUGCAGAACACCUCCAGAAUCGCAGAAGAGCAGGACCAGAAACAGACAGAGUCUAUACAGAUGUUACAGAGCCAGCUGGAGAAUGCCACCAGGAUCAUGCUGAACCUGUCUGCCACAGUUGCUCAGCUACAGCGAGAGGUGUCUGACAGUCAGAGUUAUCUGGUGCUGUCUCUGAUGCUGUGUCUGAUGCUGGGUCUGCUGCUCUGUAUGCAGUGCUGCAGGAGCUUGCCCGGUCACAACACCAGUUCAGUCAUUCCCAUGAGCAACCACUACCCCAGCCCUAAGAGGUGUUUUUCCUCAUAUGAUGAUAUGAGUCUGAAACGGAGAGUUUCUUGUCCUCUCGUUCGUUCAAAGUCAUUUCAGCUGCCUACGUCAGAAGUAGGUCCUGAUGACUUGUACAUUGUAGAACCUCUAAGGUUUUCUCCAGAGAAAAAGGUAUGGAAAAAACGCUGCAAGACAAAAGGAGGGGACAGAGUGGAGACGCUCCAGGCCUCCGUGCCCUCAGUGACGGGUGUUAACGGUGAGCCCAGAUGCAACGGUGAAACAUCAACAUCUUCUCUUCAGUUCCUGCCGUCAUCGUGCAACGGCUACGCAGCCACCAGCUCGUCCAGGGACUGUGCGUCAGAGGGCAGCACGGAGAGCUCUGCUUCAACACUGUCUGAGGACUCCUUCAGCAGCGCCCCCUCCAUGAACGGACACGACCCAAACCUGUGCAACGGCGAGCCCCCACCGCCGACCUUCCCUCCGGCCAAGAGCAAGAUGGAGAAGAGGUCUCUGAAACGACGCAAGUCAAAGAACGCUGAGCAGGAGGAAGCCCGGCGCGUGGGCGAGAUACUGCCACUUCCUGUGACCGUCAUGCCCACGCUGGAGGAGCUCAUGAAGGGAAAGGCGGACCUGGGCGUGGCCACAUUCGGAAGGACAGCUGUAACAGGACGAGUUUGAGUUCUUAUGCCACCAUCUUUCUUUUUCUUAUUCCAUCUCACCAUCGUUUUGAGAUUUUAUUGUGAGCGCUGAUCCUGACGCCGUCUUCACUACAUCCUCCUGGUUCUCUGAACUUUGGUUAUGUGCCUUUUUUUUUAUCCAUUCGGGAUCUUUUUUUAUUAUUAUUAUUAUUCUUCUGGGGAAGUUCUGACUGAUAAACAUUGGCAAGUAUGAAUGAGACUUGGUUUGAUGUUGCAGAGGUGACCAGGAGUUUAGGCCGAUUUACAGAUGGCAGACUUACAACAUUCAGCGUGUUUCUUUACACUAACAUGACCCUCAGGUCUCCAUUUCCUCUUUCACUGUCCCUUUAAGGCUCACUCACUCCUUUUUUUCCUUCCUGUUUGGAUAUGGUAUUCUUGUACAUGUGAGUGUGUGUUUGUGUGUGACUGUACACCAGUCAUUGUCUGUGGUUGGUUUGUGGGACCAGUGAUGUCACACAGCACAGGGAUUCAAUCCAGUGAACAGAGCGGAAUGAAAAACAGAUCCAGUCCAUGCUAAUUCUGUCAUUUGUCUUUUAGAGCCAAAUUAAGGUGUUUUUUUUUCUCUACUAUUCGAAUCACAAUCUAAUUUUGACCAAUGAGUCCAGGCUGGGCCUGAACACUCUCUCACACACACACACACACACACACACACACACACGCACACAUUCAUAUAUCAACAUGUUCACAUUGUGCAUCUCAAGCAUGUUUACAGCUGAUUUUCUUCAUGUUCAGUGGAGCCGUCAUAAAAAAAGACAUUUUUACACGCCUUAUAUAUACACACGGGGAGUUUGUAGGGGACAUUCUGUUAUUUUAGUGGUAAUUAUUUAUGUAUUUAUUUAUUUAAAUGUGACCCAGGCUCUAUGAGAUCACGGUCAUGUGAUAUAUGAGAUACAGUGCCCCCCCACCCUGACCUCAAUGUAAGAGAUUUAUUACAGAUACAAAUGGUACGGACUACAUCUUCCUGUUCUCUAAAGUUUGAUUUGAGAAAGCUAGAUUCUGCUUUUGACUUCUCAAACUCUUUAUUUUGCAUUCAAAUCAAUUCUUAAAUCAAAUGAAGCAUCAGCUUAAUCCGUUCUAAUGCUCAUAACAUCUGAUUGGCUCAGCUUCUGGCUGUGAUUUACUCUUCCUCGCUGGAUCUGUUCGGACGAGCUUUGGGUUACUGGAUUCGAGAUGAAUCUGUAAAAACGGCCGAGCUCUCGUUGUUGUGCAAAUAUCAUGCAUGAGUCCAGCAAAGCAACCGUCUGGUCUGUCCUAUCUGUCAUGUACAUGUAAAGUUUGUGUGUGUGUGUGUCCAGCAUCUUCUCUUUACACACUCCAUGUCCCUCUUAACACACUUUCUAUGUGUGUGUGUGUGUGUGUUCGCUGCUUUCUUAGUUGUUUUUAAUGCAUCCAAGAGACCAUUUGACAUCCCAGUGGAGUUUCUCUGUGUCAGAUCGGUGUUGUGUAAGACUGUAAGUGUUUUCUUUCACGCAGACGAUCCCAUCAUUGACCUUUAAUCAGACUGUGGGGUUUAGAGAAUGUGAAUUCACAUCACGAUUUCAAUAAAAGGGAAAGAUUGGGAUGGCCUGCGGUGGACCAUCUCUGUGAUUUCCAUGCUACGUUUCACUUUAAAAUGUUUCACUGCCUUUCUCCUUUUUGAAUGGUAACUGAUAUGUGCUUGUGGAAUUUGUGGGUGUUUUCUCAUCAGUGUGUAUGUUGAUGACUCUUUCCUGUACACCAGUGAGUAGAGACCGCUGCGUGUGUCUCUCCUGUGCACUUUGGAGAACUACACAUGCCUUUGUUUUUCUACACCACACCUUGUACGUGUGAUUUUUUUCCUUCGCGGCUUGUUUUAUUUAGGAGGGCUCUAUUUGGUGGUUGCUGAUUUAUUUAAACGUACGCUAGGUGGCGCCCAAAUGAAAUAUCAUCAUCUGUGAGGACGAACUGCACAGUAUUUGAUUUUAUUUUGUUUUUCCAAUUGUAACUACAGCAGUGUAGUGCCAUUAGAAACUGUGAAUUUAUAAAUAAAACACUUUGUUGUCUUUA